GAAUUUCCAUUAAGUUUUUCUUGUGUUGGUGGAAUGGCAACCUAUCGUAAAUCAUUAGUAGUUGGGUUUAUGAAUAAGUUUUGGUAUGAUGUUACAAAAUCUGCAAAUAUAGGAAUGGUUAGUUUUGAUAUAGAAAAUUGUAUUGGAGAAAUCAAACGCGAUAUCUCUAAAGGUAGUCAAACCAUAGGUCGACCAGAAAAGGGUAAAAAAAUUGUUGGAAAACCAAUUUCUCAUAAAACUUCUAUGUCGCAAUCUACUGGGGAAGCAGUAUAUAUUGAUGACAUACCAAAGAUCCAGGGUGAAUUAUACGGUGCUUUAGUUACAUCUGAGAAGGCCCAUGCUAAAAUAUUAAAUAUUGAUCCAACGCAAGCAUUAAGUAUACCUGGUGUAAAGGGAUUUUUCUCAGCAAAGGAUGUACCUGGAAAAAAUUCUUGGGGAGUUAUAUUCCAAGAUGAUGAAGUUUUUGCCAGUAAUGAAGUUUGUUACAUAGGACAUGUCAUUGGAUUGAUAGUUGCUGAAACAAAAAAAAUUGCACAAGAAGCUAAACGUUUAGUGAAAAUAGAGUAUGAAGAAUUACCACAUAUUUUAACCAUUGAUGAAGCAAUUGAACAGAAUAGCUUUUUCCCAAUGACUCCUCCUCAAAUUGUACGAGGAGAUAUAGAAAAAGGGUUCCAAGAAGCUGAUCAUAUUUUUGAAGGUGAAACAAGAUUGGGUGGCCAAGAACAUUUUUAUAUGGAAACAAAUGUAGCACUUGUAAUUCCAAAAAAUGAAAAUGAUGAAUUCGAAAUUUUCUCAUCUACUCAGAAUCCCAGUGCAGUUCAAAUAAAAGUUGCUGAAUUACUCGGUAUAGCAGCUAAUAAAAUU